CUCUUGGAUAUUAGAUAGGUGUCUUAACAUAAUUAGGAUGUAAAAAAAAAAGAAAAAUUGUAAUUUACAGAAGGAACGUCUCCUAAACAAGCGUCAGAAGAACCGUGUCUUAGAGAACACGUGUUGUAAUUCUGUCGCUCCCAAAAAAAAAACCGUGAAGAAUCUUUUGUUUCUCUAUCUCUCCCUCUCUUUGUCGCUCCCGAUGAAGAAAAUAGCAUGCAGCCGACUGGAAUCGAAAGAUGUUGUGUUAUUGUUUCGAUCGAUGAAGAUGGAGAGAGUUGCGGAAACUUACAAGGAUAAAUUUGUGGUGAGGACAAGUGAGCAUGGAGAAGAAGUUUUACUCCUGCUGAAUGUCAGCUCUCAAGCUUUUUGUUCAGAGAGUAUGAGUAAUGAUGUGUUGGUGUUUUGGCAGGAUGAUCUCUUUUUGUUCAGAGAGUUUAUGAGUAAUGAUGUGUUGGUAUUUUGGCAGGAUACUAGAGUCUCAUCUUCACUGAAACUUCCAUGGUACACUAUGAAGAAAGGAUCUGGGAGUUUCAGAGAGCAUAUAAGAUUGCCUUUUGGUGGAAUCCUUGGAUGUCGUUUUCGUAGACACUGGCUCGUUACAGAAGCAAAUGAUGAGUGGAGCAUUGAAUGGAUCAGUCAAUUAAAUGAACUUACAAAGAUUCUAAAAGCAGCAGAUGGAGACUGGUAAGUAGUCUGCUACUCAGCUCAUAGACUCGCUCAAGAACUUGAGGACACCCAGAUUCUUAUAAGCUAGGAGAGAUGAUGAUUUGUAUUCUGCUACUUCCUCCAAAGCUAUCACGUAUAGCUUUUAUACCUGAGCAUUUGUAUUCUGCUACUAAAAACAUUGUGAUCUCAAUAGACAUUGUCAUUUAUAAAUUUUUUUUUUUAAGAAACCCUUUUGAGUU